UUGCAGACAAAAUGGUGGUUCUGUUUUCUUGUUCGUUCCCCUUUCAUCUCGUUUUGAUUCUUUGAAAUUGAUAAAAUCUUAUACUACAGUCCUAUUUUGGAUAAGAAAAUGGUACUCACAAGCUCACGCCAAUUUCAGGCUGAAAGCGAUUCCAAAUAUGACCGAAACAGUGAAUUGAAGUCAUUUGAUGACUCCAAAACAGGUGUAAAGGGGCUUGUAGAUUCUGGAGUUGCAAAAGUCCCACGGUUAUUCAUCGAUGAGAAAGUUAAUUCUGGUGAGAAAUCAGGCUCCGAAGACAGUAAGUUAACUAUUCCUACCAUAGAUUUUCAAGGCAUUGAUAAAGAUUCAAGCAUACGCUCUCAAAUAAUCGACAAAGUUCAAGAUGCUUUUGAGAAAUGGGGUUUCUUUCAGGUGGUCAAUCAUGGCAUUCCUUUGAACAUGUUGGAGGAGAUGAUUGAUGCUAUACGCAGAUUUCACGAGCAAGACACCAAUGAAAAGAAAGAGUUUUAUUCACGAGAUGAAACCAGAUCGGUCAUCUAUAACACCAAUUUUGACUUUUAUCGAGCUCCAGCAGCUAAUUGGAGGGAUUCAUUGUACUGUGUUAUGGCUCCUCGCCCACCUAAGCCUGAAGAAUUGCCUGCAGUGUGUAGAGACAUAAUUAUCAACUACUCAAAUGAAGUAAUGAAUUUCGGGCAUACUGUAUUUGAAUUGAUGUCUGAAGCUCUUGGCCUCAAUUCCAACCACUUGAGAGAAAUGGGUUGUGCGGAAGGACUAUUUUUUAUCGGUCAUUACUACCCAGCAUGCCCAGAACCAGAGUUGACUUUAGGCCUUAGUAAGCACACUGAUAGUGCCUUUCUCACUGUGGUUUUACAAGACCAAAUGGGUGGUCUCCAAGUUCUCCAUGAAAAUCAAUGGAUUGAUGUUAACCCGCUUCCUGGAGCUCUAAUUGUUAACCUUGGAGAUAUGUCACAGCUAAUAUCCAAUAACAGGUUCAAAAGUGUGUAUCACAGAGUAGUGGCGAAAGAUGUUGGCCCAAGAAUCUCAGCGGCAUGUUUCUUCAGAAGACAUCUCCAAGAAGGAAAUGACUGUAGAAUAUAUGGCCCAAUUAAAGAGUUGUUGUCAGAAGAGAAUCCUCCGGUUUACAGGGCAACCACUGUAAAAGACUAUGUUAGCUACAUCUAUUCAAAAGGGCUCGACGGGACCCCUUGUCUGGAUCAUUUAAAGCUGUGACAAUUGCCUAUAGAUUUUGAAGAUCAGCAGCACAAAACGGAAGAUGACUUGUCACCUGUCAUAGCUAAUUCCAAACCUUAAUGUCUCAGUGAAUUUUAUUUUUGCUCUUCCUUGUUGAUAAUAUGAAUAUUCUAUAUGUGUUAAUUUAUAAAUGCUUCAGAGCUCAUGCACGAAGUUCGUUCUGCCUUUGAAGAUA